AUGGUGCAGAAAAUGAGCCACACGGAGAGCACCGCUGAGGCGCUCUCCUUCUUCGGCGGGGACUCCAGCUCCGACUCUGGCGCAUGCAUGGACCUGGACGCAGCCGCUUCGCCUCUGUCCCCGGGAUCCACGGCAUCAUCCACCGCGGGGGACAAGCUGGGGGAGAACCCGGCGUGGUGUAAGACCCCGAGUGGUCACAUCAAGAGACCCAUGAACGCAUUUAUGGUGUGGUCCCAGAUCGAGAGGAGAAAGAUCAUGGAGCAGUCCCCAGACAUGCACAACGCAGAGAUCUCCAAGAGGCUGGGCAAGCGGUGGAAGCUGCUCCGAGACAGCGACAAGAUCCCCUUCAUCAGAGAGGCAGAGCGGCUCAGGCUCAAGCACAUGGCGGACUAUCCAGACUACAAGUACCGGCCCAGGAAGAAAGUCAAGUCAAGCGUGUCCAAACCUGGCGACAAGGCGGAGAAAGUAAGCUCAAACAACACCAGCACAAAUAAUAAAACAUCUUCAUCCAGGAAGAGUGGCUCCAAGUCACCAAAGCCACAUAAAUCAGUCUUCAACACCAAAGCGUUUGAAUCAGACCAUCACAACUCUCUGUACAAGUCAAAGCCUUUCUCAUCAAAACACAGCCUGGACUCCAAGAAGCCCAAGCGGGUGUACGUGUUCACCAACGCCGCCUCCUCUGUAGUGGUCCCCGCCAGCCCCACGCUCAGCAGCUCGGCGGAAAGCAGCGACCCACUCAGCCUGUAUGAGGACCCGGCGGGCUGCAGAGAGGAGGACGCGCACUCCCCAAGUUCCAGCAGCAGCUCCAGCAGCAGUAGUACCGGGGUGGGAGGGCUCUAUGGCGGCCACACUUACACCAGCAGUCGCCGCUCUUCGUCCCCCACUCCCUCCGCCUCGCACUCGUCCCAUUCUUCAUCAUCCUCGUCUUCCUCGGAGGAUGAGGAGUUUGAGGACGACUUACUGGACAUCAACCCGAGCCCCAGCUUUGACGGUAUGUCCCUGAGCAGCGGCUUCGGCUCAUCCGUGCUGGACAGAGACUUGGAUUUGAACUUUGAGUCCGGCUCCGGGGGGUCCCAUUUCGAGUUCCCCGACUACUGCACACCUGAAGUCAGUGAGAUGAUCUCCGGGGAUUGGCUCGAGUCCACUAUUUCCAAUCUUGUGUUCACGUACUGA